GUCAUCACUGUCCCCUCUCCCCCCCCCACCUCUUUUCUCUUUCCUCUCGCAGGCCGUGGCUCUGUAGGCCGAGGGCUUUGAGGAGCCUGAGGGGCCUUCCCGGUGCCGUUGGACUACAACUCCCGUCAUCCCUCACCGCGGACCGCGCUGGCUGCUGGGAGUGGAAGUCCAGCCGUACCUGUUUUUUUCAGAACUUAUUCAAAAUCAAGCAAAUAUUUCAAGUGGAGAUGGAGUAAUAACCACACUUGCUGUCACUGUGAAUAUGCGUUAAGGUUCACUUGGGAUUUGGGAACCAAGCAGACCAUUUUCUGGGUUCUUUGGCGUUUGCUAAAAUGGUGAAUCGGACCUUAGCUGUGCCCCCCUGGAUUGAGUACCGGUAUCACAGGCCUCCCUACACAAAUCAGCACGUUCCCUACAAAGAAUACUUCAAGCUGGCACCUCUCCUGGAGUACCACCGGGUCAUCACUUUGGAGGAAUUUAUGGAAAAGUUGGCACCCAUCCACUGGCCUCCUGGCAAGCGAGUGGCCUACUGCUUUGAAUCAGCAGCUCAGAGGAGUGCUGACAAAAGGACUUGCCCCAUGAAGGAUGGAAACCCCUUUGGCCCCUUUUGGGAUCAGUUUGCUGUGGAUUUCGAUAGGUCGGAGCUGUUUGGAGGCCUCUCCUUCAGUGCCUCUUACAAGGACCACUGGAUUCGAAGGUUUCCCUCCUCUGAACAUCCUGUUGUUGCUCUUCCGGGGGCACCAGCCCAGUUUCCAGUUCUGGAAGAGUACCGGUCCCUGCAUCAGUACAUGGUCUGGUCUGAUGAGAUGGUAAACAAAGGCGAGUCCUAUAUUAAUUCGUUCCUGGUCAGACCCUACGUGGGAAUCCAUUUGCGUGUCGGUUCAGACUGGAAAAAUGCAUGCAAUAUGUUGAAAGAUGGCACUGCUGGGUCUCAUUUAAUGGCUUCGCCACAGUGUGUGGGCUAUGAUCGGAACACUGCUGCACCCCUUACCAUGGAUAUGUGUCUGCCAGGCCUGAAAGAGAUAAAACGAGCACUAAGACUCUGGGUAAAGAAGACAGAUGCAAAAGCUGUGUACAUCGCCAGUGACUCUGAGCCUUAUACGAGGGAAAUACAGCAGCUUUUCAAACAAAAGAUAAAAGUGGUGUACCUGCAGCCUGAAGUGCCCCAGGUAGAUUUGUACAUUCUCAGCAAGUCUGACCAUUUCAUUGGAAACUGUGUUUCUUCCUUUACUGCUUUUGUGAAACGAGAACGAGAUGUGCAUGGGAGACCCUCGUCCUUUUUUGGCAUGGACCACCCACCCACGUCGAGGGACGAAUUGUAGUCCCUAGAGGAAGAGAUGCCUUUGGACCCACUAUUUGCAUACAGUUCUCAUAAAUGCAAGGUCGUCCUCGAAGCAAGCACUGGAUAUAUCUGGAUUCUACAGGUUCACCCUCAUGGUAUUCCUUGACUAUUACUAGAAUGUGACCUGAAAGGAGAAGUGGAUGACUUCCAGGAAACAUUCCCUCCUCCCCCAGUUGUGGUUCAAAUAAGCCAACCCACUCCACUCAUCUCUUCUCCUUUCUGUGCUGCCUUGCUACCUCUUCUGGAAUUAAUAACUCGUCUGGUGCUUCCUUAAUGCACAGUAUUCUCAAGACAGCUUGUUCACUGACAAGUAGUGUUCUGACAUUAAGAACUGGGAACCAGCAAAUACGUUCUCUGUUGUGCAACUGACUGACAUUUGCCUUGUGUGCUUUUGUUUUCUGAGCUGCCAAAUGGAUUUAAUUCCCAUUCCUCUUGCUGGGAGUGGAGAGACUAAGGAAAUGAUUUUGCUAUCAGCUGUGACACGUUAUGGGACUUUCAGAGGAGUUUUAAUCCUAAUAACACUGGUGCCCUGUGGACCAGCAGUUCUGUUUGCGGCAGUUCCCAGGUAGCAUAGCGAUACUUUUUUUUAAAAAAAAAAAUCCUAUUACAUGAGAGCCUUUUAGAGCAGUUUUGUAUUUUACCAAAUUGGCAGUCUAAGCACUGUAUACAGUAUAAAAUAGAAGUUAAGAAAUAAUCUGCUUUUUGAAACACCAUAAUAAUUCGUAAAUCAAAUAUUAUGCACCUUUUAUUGGGCCCAUUUGCAACUUCGCUGAGAGCUCAGUGUAUCAGUUGCAUUUGAAUGGCUUGUGGUGGGUCAGCAAUCACGUCUUUCUGAGCUCUCUGUUCUGAAAACCCAGCCUGGCUGUCAUCUUGAAACGAUUUUGUUGCAUUGAGCAGGGGGUUGGUGUGGUGAGCCAGUGUGGUGUAGUGGUUAAGAGUGGUAGACUCGUAAUCCGGGGAGCCGGGUUCGCGUCUCCGCUCCUCCACAUGCAGCUGCUGGGUGACCUUGGGCUAGUCACACUUCUCUGAAGUCGCUCAGCCCCACCUACCUCAUAGGGUGUCUGUUGUGGGGGAGGAAGGGAAAGGAGAAUGUUAGCCGCUCUGAGACUCCUUCGGGUAGUGAUAAAGCGGGAUAUCAAAUCCAAACUCUUCUUCUUCUUCUUCUUCUUCUUCUUCUUCUUCUUCUUCUUCUUCUUCUUCUUCUUCUUCUUCUUCUUCUUCCAACUCUUGAUUAUAGGAGCAAUCAGAAUAGAUAGUCUUUUUAGUGUACACUCAUUCUUUGAGCAUCCUUUUUAUGUUUAGAAGCUGUGACCUUUUAAAAGUCUCUGAAAGGAAUAACCACUUGGUCCACUUUGAAUUUCAGAUAUUUACUUUGAGUCUCUUGAAAAGUGGAGCCAACAGAUAGUGGAUUUUGAUUUUGUUUGUUUGUUUUAAAGUGUUUAUGCACUUUUCUCUGCAUAAUUGCUCUGAAAUCAUGAUUCAGCUUUCUCGAUGUACAUCUGAACUAUGCUCACUAAUUUCCCUAUAGAGUUUUCCCACAGAAAAAUUCUCAGGCAGGAGAUCUGCAAACUGUCAGGUUACCUAGAUCUUGUUAUGUUUCCUCAUCACAUCAGUAGUAACUUUCUGUGGUGAUAGUACAGCAUCUUACCCUCUGAUAAUUAUCUGCUCCUGUGCAUUCAGAACAUGUUGACAAAUUGUCCUGGCUACUGACUGCAUGCCCUAUGUCAAAGCCUCUGCACUCUAUAUUAAGACUGAAUAUGUUGUGCUGGAGGAGAGAAUUUUCAGGAGCUUUCUGCUUGCUUUAUUGGGCUUCAGUUGCAAUAGCAGGAUUGAAUUGCAAAUGAACUUUUGCUAGGUUUGGUUGCUUGCAUAGCAGCACUGCCUCCAGUUUCUUUUCUGUCUUCCUCUGCCAUCUUCUGAAAAGACUCUGAUUCAUAAAUGCUAACAGUUUCAGCUGACCAGCAAACACUUUUAUAAGCAGCAAGUUCAUUAAUUUAAUCACUACCUUGCAUCAUGGUAGUGAUCUCUUCCAACUCUACGAUUCUAUGAUACUUAUUUUAUUGAUAGUGAAUUAUCACCGGUAAGCUACAAAUCAGAAACCAGCAUUGUAUUUGCUGGAAACAUCUUUGCUCAUCUUUAUGAAGUACUGAAGACGUUUGUUUAAAAGUUCAGUCUUAAAAGGUGUCGAGAAUCACAAGGCUUGGAAGAAAUGCAGUUCCCGUGUACUAGUUUGGUAGAUUCUGCAGUGAAACCACCUGUUCCGAAGCUACCUGUAAUAUGGAUGAUCAUGAUUGUGAUGAUUGAAUGAAAAAAAGACUCUCAGUAAAAUAUCCAGGAAUGUUUAUGAAGAACUAAAAAAGCAAGAAAGGCUGAGGCUGUGGCAGCACAUGGAGAUGAUCUCUGACUUCAUCCGUUAGGUGGGAUCCUCCCUUCUGCUUGCUUGAGCUUCUGAAAGAAUACAGUAUUUUGAUUCCAAAGAUCAGUAAGUGCCACAAUAUUUCCAUCUGGAGCAGCAAGAACAAACAGUUACUGUUCUUCAAUUUGUCAAUAAGCAUAAGAAUAUAGCCAUUUCCUUGAUGGAUCAGGCAAAGGUCCAUCUUAACAAAACCUUUUGUUCCCAACAGCAGCCAUCCAGAAGACAAUGGCAGUUCCUCACCAGCUUGCCUCCAUCUUGUAUAUCAAGUUAUAUUGCCAUAUGGAGGUUCUGAUGAGUUGUUAUGGCUAAUGGCCGUUUGUAGGUUUCACCUCCAAGAAUCUGAAAAAAAAAAAUCUGUUUUACUGCCUGAUAAACCCAUGGAUAAGCUCCACAUAUUAUCAAAGGAAGUUCCAUGGAUUCAGUUAUGUCCUGUGACAAAACUUACUUUUUUGUCUGCCUGGCAGUAGGUGGUUAGGUCUGUUUUGUUAGACGAACCUGGGUUCCCAGUAUUAUGAGAGGUAAGGGGAAUCUCCCUUUUUGCUCUCCACGCUAUUCAUAGUUUUGUAAACUCUAUCAUGUAUGCAAAGUUACUCUGUAGUUAAUAUAUUUAUAUAUAAAGCCCAUUGUUUCUUAGCCAGCACUGAAGCAUCAACAUUCAUAUCUGGAGGCUUCCUAAUGGGCAUGAGAAUUCUCUGUGCUAUACCUUCAAUAUAUCUUGCCUCUUUGUGGGAGGAAAUGCCAACCUCUGCUUUUAAAUGCAGCUAAUGAAUUUUUUUUAAGGUGGCAAUCCAGGCUUCCUCAACCUCGGCCCUCCCAAUGUUUUGAGACUACAGUUCCCAUCAUCCCUGACCACUGGUCCUGCUAGCUAGGGAUCAUGGGAGUUGUAGGCCAAAAACAUCUGGAGGGCUGAGGUUGAGGAAGCCUGCUGUACACCAUUAUCUGGAAGUAAGUUCCAGUGAACUCAGUCUGGAUACUCCUAGGGCUGUGCUGUUAAUGAUGUUGACCAUGGGCUGCAGCUACACCUUGCCAUGAGGAGGAGGCAAUUUAUCCGUGGGGUGCAGUCUCACCAGCAUUUCUGUACAUUGGUACCUUGGGUUACAAACACUUCGGGUUACAGACUCCGCUAAUCCGGAAGUAGUACCUUGGGUUAAGAACUUUACCUCAGGAUGAGAACAGAAAUCGUGCGGCAGGAGCGGGAGGCCCCAUGAGCUAAAGUGGUACCUUAGGUUAAGAACGGUUUCAGAUUAAGAACGGAUCUCCGGAACAAAUUAAGUUCGAAACCAGAGGUGCCACUGUAAACUCCAUUUAUGUGGCUGGCUCAGAAUGGAGGACAUCUGGGGUAUUUGUGUGCUAUGCACAAUAUCGGAAGCCAUGUUUUAAUUUUUUUUAAAAUUAAUGUACAGAGGAUAACUUUGUGAUUUUCUUUUUCGUAAUAAAACAUCAAUCUUUCUCUC